AUGACGUUUUCAUCAACCUCAGAGCUAAACCUCUCCCCGCUCAGCGAUAAUUCUCCGAUCUUGAAUACCCGCACGACUGUGGAACCCACCUCCAGCUCCCGCAGCUGUGUCACCUGCCGCCGCCGCAAGGUCCGAUGCAACAAACGAUUCCCAUGCUCAAAUUGUACGAAGGCCGGCAUCGACUGCGUCUUCCCUCCACCCGGUCGUGCCCCACGGAAAUCGAAACGCCCACCGGAUGCUGAGCUACUUUCUCGGCUACGUCGUCUGGAGGGCGUCAUCGAUCACCUGAAGGGUGGACAAGCGGAGGGAAACCCCUCGGCUCCUGGCUCAUCAUCAACCGCGCCGUCGGUCGGGCCUUCGGUUACCCAGAGUGAUACUGCAAAGUCGGAGACAGAGCCACAAGUCCAACCACAGCAGGGCGGUGGUUGUCCAUUUGAAGACUCGGACCCCAAAAGACCGCCGCCCAACAAAUUUGAAAAUGAAUUCGGACGACUGGUCAUUGACGAGGGGCGGAGCCGAUACGUGAGCAAUCGGCUCUGGGCGAGUCUUGGCGACGAGAUCGAAGAAUUGCAGGACAUACUCGAUCAUUCUUCCUCUGAAGAAGAUGACACGCCUUCCCCGGAGUCUGCGCAUUCGAUCUCACAUGAUGGGUUCCUAUUCGGUUUCUACUCGCUCUCACAAAAUCUCCAAGAAUUUCACCCUCCCAUGCCUAAAGUAUCAAUACUUUGGGAAACAUACAAAGACAAUGUCGCUCCUUUGAUCACGAUCGUACACAGACCGACUGCUAAAAGCUUGUUUGCGGAGGCAGCGCAGAACCCAAGCGGCCUGGAUAAGAACCAAGAGGCGCUGGUGUUUUCCAUGUAUCUUUGCACCCUUGUCAGCAUGACGCCUGAUGAAUGCAUGCUUCAGUUCGGUUUAGAUCGCACUGUGGCUGUCAAACGGUAUCGCUUCGCAACGGAACAAGCACUCGCAAAAGCCGGGUUCCUCAACACACAAAGCUUGGUUCUUCUCCAGGCCGCGGUCCUGUUCUUAGUCUGUGUCCGACGUGAAGAUGAUAGCAAGUUUGUUUGGUCUUUAACUUCAAUUGUCUUACGUCUUGCUCAGGGCCUAGGUCUGCAUCGGGAUGGCACCAAUUUUGCCCUAAAGCCAUUUGAAACCGAAAUGCGCCGUCGGUUAUGGUGGCAUAUCUCGCUGCUGGAUGUUCGUUCUUCAGAAGAUCAUGGAACUGAUCCGCUUAUACACGAGAGCAUGUACGAUACUCGGCUACCCUUGAACAUCAAUGAUGAAGAUAUCACACCUGAUAUGGAAGAGCCACCCGCCGAGCGAGAGGGCUGCACAGAUGCUACAUUCUGUUUGAUUCGUUGCGAGAUCACAAGUGCUUUGCGGCGGGCCAAUUAUGUCUGUCCUGGCUCUCAGUGGCGCCCUGCUAGUGCUCUUCCGUCCCCAGAUCGCUGUGAGCGCAUGAUCGAGAUAAUCAGCGAUCGCUGCGAGCAGCGAUACAUCAGACAUUGCGAUAUGAACAUUCCGAUUCAAUGGUGUGCGGCGACCGUGGCGCGUCUCAUCCUUGCUAAGCUAUGGCUUAUCGUUCAUCACCCCAUGACCCGCAAAGAUCGUGGCAAUAUCACACAAGCAACGCGCGAAAGCCUGUUCCAUACUGCGAUUGAGGUUCUUGAAUUCGGUCGCUUACUCGAGGCCGAUCCGAAGACCGCCAAAUGGGGCUGGCUGUUCCGCACCAACAUGCAAUGGCACGGUGUCGCAUUUGUCCUUUCUGAAAUUUGCGUUCGUCCAAUGUGUCCAGUGACCGAUCGAGCGUGGAACGCCGUCAGCUCUCUUUAUUCAGAAUGGGCGCUUCAGGCGACUCAUAAAAAGGGAAUGCUCUGGCGGCCCCUAGCUGCUUUGAUGAAAAGGGCUGCUGCAACGCGCUCCAGGCAACAUCAAGAGCUAGUAGCCAAGUAUGGACCUGUGCCCAUGCCUGAGCCUGCGCAAAUAAUGGGAGAUAAUCAAUCGCUUCCGAGGAUUCAUAUGCCGAUUUUGCCAGCGGCCCGAGCUCUACCUCCAUCGGAUGCAAUGUUCAACAUCGACCUUAGCGAAGGGCCAUUGGGUGCUCUACAGGGUAUCUUCUCUGGGUCCAAUCUGUUUGAUCCGUCGAAUGACCUUCUGAACAACCCUGUUCAAAAUGUUGCACCAAAUUCAGCAGCGACGACCUACGCUCCCAUGAACAAUCCUUGCUUCAAUCAAGAAAAUCUCCCCGACGGCUCCGCACCACCUCAGCUUAGCUGGGAGGACUGGGAUCAAGUGAUGCGAGAUUUCCAGAUGGAUGUUGAGAAUGAUGAGCUGAACCCAAAUAAGGGGACAAAUGUCACUGAAUGGUUUGCCUGA